AUGGCGGCCGGAGCUCAUGCUAAUGUUAAAUAUACAAAAUCUGGAGCGGGUAGAAACGAGAACGACGGACAGUCAAUCAUGAAGAAAAAGAGGAAAGAUGACAGCGCACUUUGUUUAGGUAAUGAUGGGGGAUAUAGGUAAGGGUGGUGGGGCAAGGAUGUAGGUAAGGGUGGUGGGGUGAGGAUAUAGGUGAGGGUGGUGGGGUGAGGAUAUAGGUAAGGAUGGUGGGGUGAGGAUAUAGGUAAGGGUGGGGGCAAGGAUACAAGUAAGGUGGUGAGGCAAGGAUAUAGGUAAGGGUGAUGGGGUGAGGAUAUAAGUAAGGGUGGUGGGGCCAGAGUAUAGGUAAGGGUGGGGGUAAGGAUAUAUAGGUAAGGGUGAUGGGGUGAGGAUAUAGGUAAGGGUGAUGAGGCAAGAAUAUAGGUAAGGGUGGGGGUAAGGAUUUAGGUAAGAGUGAUGGGGUGAGGAUAUAGGUAAGGGUGGGGGCAAAUUGCGUGUUUCACUGUAGUUAUUAUAUAAACAUCUUCCCUGUAUAUUUGCAGAUGGUGGUGGUAUUCGUGGCCUCAUCCUCAUACAAGUACUUCUGAAUCUUGAACGUGUUGCUAAGCAACCACUUGUGAAGCUUUUUGAUUGGAUAGCAGGCACAAGUACCGGAGGGAUUCUUGCUUUGGGUCUCCUGCACGGUAAGUGCACUGAUCUCAUAUUAAACUGGAUUGUGGAACAUAUAAAAUGGAAUAGAUUAUAUUAUUCUAUAGAUUAUAUAGAAUAUUUUGUUAAAUAUUGGGAUUUUGGGCAUAUUACUUGACAGAAUUAAAUGUUGAUGGAUUUUUGUGGGGGCUACAGGUUCGAUUCCUGCCAGAGGGCCUAUACACACGUAAAAACGCACAAGUUGUUACAAGUUGUUUCACUCCAUAAUAAACGGGUGGGUAAUAUGCUAAUAACUUGUUACAAAUGCAUCCAUUGUGAAAGAUAUCCACAACAUUUGAAGCAAAUGUUAAAUAGACGAAGUGCAUACUACUCGCUACGUGGGUCGGAUAUUCUGGAUUUACCAAAAGUUAUGACUACAAAGCAUGGACUUCAUUCUUUUCGAUAUGACGUAGUUAAACGAUGGAAUGGUUUGCCAGAAAGUUGCAGGGUUCAAGAUACUCUGCACAACUUUAUAAUGUCAAUAUCUGAUAUAAACUUUGGAAGUUAGUUUAUUUAUUAGAAACAUUAAUUAAUAUUAUAUUUAGUUUUAGUAUGUAUAUAUAUAUUCUAUAUAUUCGAAGAUAUUGGCUUAUUGUAUAACUAUCUCAAAUUCGAAUUCAAAUAAAGUUUAUUGUAUUGUAUUGUAUUGUAUUGUAUUGUAUGCAAACAAGUUGUUACAAAUCUGUUGACAAGUUGUCGACAAGUUGUGUUCGCACUACUUGUUCCCAGUUGUUGUAACAAGUUUGGAACAAGCUGUUAACUUCUAACAAGUUUGAUGGCAUUAUCAGAUUUGUUACAAGGUUGUUUGUGGUUGUUAUAACAAGUUUGAUACAGUCAUGAUAUAACAAGAAUGUUACAAGGUUGAUGACACAAGGUUGUAACAAUAUCGUUAUACCGUGAUUGUUUCUCGAACCCCGACCACAAAGGCACAAGUACUCCACCUCCAUUACUUUCAUUUUUUCUUGCAGGAAAAUCUACGCCAUAUUUACAACAACUUUACUUCAGAUUCAAAGACGAAGUGUUUGUUGGCGCACGUCCUUAUCCGUCCGAACCUUUUGAGAAAUUCUUACAACAGGAAUUUGGCGCUGAUACCAUAAUGACAAGUAUCGGCUAUCCGAGGUACAGUAAUCAGAGCAAGCGCCUUGCAACUCCGAGAUCGUGGGUUCGAUUCUCGCUGCGGACUCAUGACACUUGUGUGAAAAGAGUCAGUCAACACUCUACCGAAAGUCGUGGGUUUUAUCCGGGUACUCUGGUUUCCUCCCACAGGGAAUGUUGACAGGGUGGGUUGGGAUUAGCCCCUAACUGACCCUUCCACCGUAGCUGUGCUCCGUGAUCAGACAUGAGUCAUAAGGUGGCUGCUAGAGGCGCCCUUGGAAAGCCUUCGACUCGAUCAGAUUGAGCUGCGUCUUUCGCAAUUCAGCUUACAGUAGCUCUCAGCCGUAAGUAAAACUUUGGUCGAACGAGGGUGAGAGUUUACGAGAGUUGGCAGUUCAGUUACUAACUCUAUGUUAUAAGUUCUUUGUAUGUUUGCAUGGCGAUAAAAUAUAAUAGUUUUGUUUGUGGAAACACCACGUAAAUUUAUUACUGCAAUAAAUAAAUUUACGUGGUGUUUCCACAAACAAAACUAUUAUAACUCUAUGUUGUUUCAUAUAGAGUUUUGGCUACAGGCGCAGUAUCGGAUCGAAUACCUCCCGCCCUUCAUCUCUUUCGUAAUUUCUCCAUACCUGAGGACGAUAAAGAACCUGAUGAAAAUGCCAAGUUUCCGCCCCUCUCGAAACCAAAAGGUUAGCUACUUAGCAUACAUGCAUUUCUUUAUAUACUUCAAACUCUACAGUAUACAGUCAUUUAUAAUUAUCAUACAUCCAUUCCCCUUUAGACCAACUGGUGUGGCGUGCAGCACGAGGGACUGGUGCGGCUCCAACAUAUUUCCGUGCUCUGGGCCGGAUGCUUGACGGAGGUUUGAUUGCAAACAACCCAACGUUGGAUCUAAUUUCCUUCAUGCAUUCCUUCUAUAAGAACGCCCAGCCGAAGGCGCCUCCACAUAACACGUGUAAGAAAGUCGGGCUCGUGUUCUCCCUUGGCACCGGAAUGCCCCCGGAGGUACCCGUCACGAAUAUCGAUGUGUUACGACCGACAUCGGUGAGUGACGUAGCCAAGAUUGCUUUCGGAGCUCAAGCUUUGGUUGAAAUAUUGGUGGAACAGGUUAGUAGUGGAUGUAGACGUUUUUAGAUGGAAUAUUCGAACGCAAAUUUAUACACAUUUGUUUUUGUUCUAACAUAACAUAACCAGGAGCAGUUGCGAAAAAAGCAACCGCCCCAAUUUACAGUAUAUACAUUUUUGGACCACAGGUUCAAUUCCUGCCAGAGAAAUCCAGUGAUCGGAUUCUACCAUUGUCUUUUCUUGUUUUGAAUAUCCUAUAUAUUGCAUGUUCUCCAUGCCAUCCAGUCACGAUCCACAUCAUCCAGUGAUCUGAAUAUUUCAUUGUUUUGAAAAACCAAGUGAUCAGAGUGUUCGAUUGUCUUUUCAUUGUUUUGAAAAUCCGACUGUUCUCCACGCCAUCCAGUCAUGAUCCAGUGAUCAGAAUGUUCCAUUGUUUUGAAAAACCAAGUGAGCAGAAUUUUUCAUUGUCUUUUCUUGUUGUGAAAAUCCGACUGUUCUUUACGCUAUCCAGUCACGAUCCAGUGAUCAGAAUGUUUCAUUGUUUUGAAAAACCAAGUGAUCAGAAUUUUUCAUUGUUUUGAAUAUCCCAUGCACUGUUCUCCAUGUCAUCCAGUUAUGAUACAGUGAUCGGAAUAUUCAAUUGUUUUUUCAUUGUUUUGAAAAACCCACUGUUCUCCGAUGCCAUCCAGUCAUGAUCCAGUGAUCAGAAUGUUCCACUUGUCUUUUCAUUGUUUUGAAAAACCAACUGUUCUCCAUGCCAUCCAGUUACGAUCCAGUGAUCAGAGUGUUCCAUUGUCUUUUCAUUAUCCAAUCAUGAUUCAGUGAUCAGAAUAUACCAUUGUCUUUCCACUGUUUGUCGCGCCAUCCAGCUGGAUGGAAAUUGAAUGGUACUACUUGAGGAAAGCGAAGGAAACUGCAAAAUCUCUUCCCACAGUUAUAAUGAAACAACUGCAUUUUAACAUACACUAACCAUGUACCCCUCGAAUGGUACAAACAUGACCCUAAAAUAUAUCCUUUAACUUUCAGGCGACGUCGUCAACAGGGGCUGUUGUAGAUCGUGCGGCUUCCUGGUGUGAGAUGAUUGAUGUAUUCUACCGUCGUGUGAAUCCACAGAUCUACUCAGAUGUCUCUCUCGACGAGAAAGACGACCAAGUCUUGGUGAAUAUGUUAUGGGAAUGUCAGGUUUUCAUUUUUGAACGACGCCACAUCCUAAAAGAAGUUGCUGAUCGCCUUACGUGA